AUGUCUGAUGAAAUCGUAUGGAAGUCGCCUGUGUCAACUGAGUCCCUACUGAGUAUGAACGCUAUCUCUGAGCAAUACGAUCAUUUUCUUGAAAGCUUAAAUGAGGAGGAUCCUGAUGGUGACAGCAGUGAGCUUUCUGUAAGUCAAACACCUAGUGGACGUCUGACAGACGUCUGGCUGAUGACUAUAUAG